GACAGGUCCAAUGCAUGUGUCAGGGUAUAAUGGACAUGUCACCAACGUUAAUGGGUAACCUCUACAAAAAUGUAGAUGUUUACCAUGUCCGACCUGACGACACCCGAGGAUCUGUCAAUUUGUGGAACAGGGGGAAAUGAAGAAAGAAAAAAUGUAAGGAUUUACAAUUACUCGUCAUAGAAAAUUAAUAGUUAACCUAUAUAGUCAGUAGCUAAAUAAUGUGACCACAUAGUCACAUAACCAAAAAAUAUAAAAGAUAAUUUAGUAAAAAGCAGCGCACAGCAAAAAAAUACAAAAAGAGAAAAAUAAAAGUAUACCACAUUGCAAUAAGAUGUCCAAAAUCCAUAUGAUUUAGGUACAGUGCCACAAUGAUGGCCAAGCCAAAAUGAAAGACUGCUACGCCAUCUUCGAAGUUGACAGCAACAGAAAUUUGAAAUGAUGAGGUUGUGCCAAAAGAUAUACAGUGGAACCUCGAUUAACCGUGCUUCGAUUAUCCGUGUUCGCGAUUAACCGUGCUCACUCUUCCGAAAAUUUAAAAAUAGUUAUGGAUUGUACAUAUUAUGGCGAUAACAAUAUCAAGAUAAACAAUAUUGUAGAUUAUUACAAAUUGUAUUUAUCGUAUCACCUUCAGUUUACUAUAAGCGUUCGCGACGUUACCUUAUCUAAUAAUGAGUGUUAAACGAAAACGUAUCGUUCUUUCUCUUGAGAAAAAAGUGUUGAUUAUUAACCGAGCUGUAGAUCAUGGUGAAAGUAUACAAAAACUUGCAGACGAGUUUGGCGUGGGUCAACAGACAGUUCGUGACUUAAUCAAACAAAAAAAUGAAAUUUUUAAGUUCAUAUCUUGUCCAGAAUUAUCAGCUACGAGAAAAACUAUGAAAAAGUCAUCAUUAUCAGAUAUGGAAUCUGCUCUUUUUGAAUGGUUUAAACAGAAGCGUAUUGAAGGACUUCCAAUUUCUGGGCCAAUAGUUUGUGAAAAAGCAAAAUGGUUUCAUGAAAAUUUGAAAAUAGAGGAAAGUUUUAAUGCUUCACAAGGUUGGUUAUUUAGAUUCAAAACUCGUCAUGGUAUAAGACAGCUGGACAUUCAAGGUGAAUGUCUCAGUAGAGAUUUGACUGCUGCAACACUGUUUAAUGACGAAUUCAAUUCAAUGCUUUCAAAAUUGAACCUGUCCCCUGAUCAAGUGUACAACGCAGAUGAAUCAGGUCUAUUCUGGAAAAUGUUACCCUCAAAAACACUUGCCGCGCAAUCUGAAAAAUCAGCUCCUGGACAUAAAUCUAGCAAAGAACGACUUACUAUUAUGACAUGUUCAAAUGCAACCGGUACACAUAAGAUCAAAUUAACUGUAAUUGGAAAAGCUAAAAAACCAAGAUCUUUUAAAGGAACCGAAAUGAAAUAUUUUCCAUGUGAUUAUUACCACCACCCAAAAGCUUGA